AUGGCACAGUCGGCAUCAGACGCGUCUUGGCCAGCGGGCAUUCCCGAGAUCCACCUUCAUCCGACAGAUUUACCCUCAGAUGAGCUCCCGGAAGAAGCCAAGGGAUGGCUGCUAUUCGUAAAGGAAGUAUACCAACCAGUCUCAACCCCAGAAGAGGGGCUGCGUCAACGGCGAGCCCUAAUUGAGAAAAUGGGCUACCGCCAGUCAGGAAUUCCGCGAGCAUAUACCUCAGCUCGCGACUACCCGGCUUCAUUGCUCUCGCAGCAAGCCCCACGACCUGACAAGAGGUUCCUUUGUCUACCACCAGUAGACUCACAGACUCACCCCCGGAACUACAUUCAUCUUGUAAAGCUCCUGAUUAUGAUGUAUAUCCAUCAAGAUGAAUGGAACGGGCAGCAUCCCUUUGACCAGGCAGGGCCGGGCCAUGCACCGCGCAGCCAUAUCCCAGAAUUUCUCAACCUCGCGACACCUAUCGCGCUUAGCGAUAUCCUCUCUGAGCUGUACCUUUUCUCAGCGGAUUUCCACGCUCUCUCGAUGACCCAGAGUGGCACAGUAGUGUUCGCCGAUGGGCCAGACUACACGUGGUAUAUGAUCGAAGAGCCGGAGCUUGCCACAGGGCGAAUGACGAUAGCCGAGUUUGGCUCUGACGGCAGUGUCCGCGAUUCGAUUGUUCGUCGAGCCUGGAAUAUGGGUCAGGUAAUGGCCUUUGGUCAGAGUUUGGGCCGGCGUGUCGCGGAUUUAGAAGAAUCGUGUAUUGGGGGCCCGCCGCAGUAUAACGAGCCAUUGAACAUGGACCGUCCUAUUAUUGAGCUCUUGGAGGCAACGAGAAUGGACAGCAAGUUUCUCUAUGAGGGAUUCGGUUAUAUGGACCUGUGGGUGCGCCUUAUUGAGCAGAAUGCACCUGGGUAUCUGGACCUUGAGGCUCAGGGGCGGGAGGUGGAAUUUAAGCUUGACAAUCUGCGUAAUGUUGGUAUUGAUACUCUCUAA